AUGGAGAAGGACGAUAAGACGACCAGCGCCGGCUCGGACAAGCUUGAAUCGAGGAGAUACGAGGAUGUCGUAGCUCAAGACGUCAACGUUCGCCGCCUACACGAUGGCACCGAGGAUCUCGUCGGCGAGCAUGAUCAACUUCAACGUGGCUUAAAGAGCAGGCAUAUCCAGUUCCUUGCCCUAGGUGGCGCUAUCGGUACUGGCCUCUUCGUCGGCUCUGGCGCCAUCCUCUCCCUCGUAGGGCCAGCCCCGCUCUUCAUGGGAUACCUGUCCAUGAUGCUCGGCGUCUGGAACAUCAUGAACAACCUCGGCGAGAUGGCAACGUAUCUCCCGCUCAAGGGCAUCUCGAUCCCCUACUUCGUCGAACGAUUCGUGGACCCGAGCCUCGCCUUCGCGAGCGGCUACAACUACUGGUACGCCUAUGCGAUCCUCGUCGCCGCAGAGGCCUCCGCCGGCGCCAUCCUGCUCGACUACUGGAACACCCCCGUCCCGGCCGCCGUCUGGAUCACCAUCAUCCUCCUCGUCACCCUCGGCCUGAACAUCUUCGCCGUCUCCGUCUUCGGCGAGGCCGAGUUCUGGUUCGCCAGCAUCAAGCUCAUCACCAUCCUCGGCCUCAUCCUCACCAGUCUCGUCAUCGUGCUGGGCGGCGCCCCCAACCGCGACCGCAUCGGUUUCCUGUACUGGUACGACCCCGGCGCCAUCAAGCCCUACAUGACGGGCGGGGACACCGGUCGCUUCCUGGCCUAUUGGGCCGCCUUCGUCCGCGCCGGCUUCGCCUUCAUCACGUCGCCCGAACUCAUCGCCGUCGCCGCCGGCGAGACCGUGGCCCCCCGCCGCAACGUCCCCAAGGCGGCCCGCCGCUUCAUCUACCGGCUCGCCCUCUUCUACGGCCUGGGCUCCUUGAUGAUCGGCGUCAUCACGCCCUCCACCGACCCCAACCUUCUCAACCCCGAGUCCAACGCGAACGCGUCGCCGUGGGUCAUCGGCAUCCGGCGCGCGGGAAUCGGCGUCCUCGACCACAUCAUCAACGCCGCCAUCCUGACCUCGGCCUGGUCGGCCGGCAACGCCUUCCUGUACUCCGGCAGCCGGGUGCUGUACAGCAUGUCGCUCAAGGGCCAGGCUCCCCGGAUCUGCUCGCGCACCACCAAGCGCGGCGUGCCCUACGUCGCCAUCCUCGCCACGUGGUCCAUCGGCCUGCUCGCCUAUCUCAACGUCAACAACAACGGCGCCGCCGUCUUCACCUGGUUCAUGAACAUCAGCACCAUCAGCGGCUACAUCGCCUGGAUCGUCGUCAUGGUCACCUACCUGCGCUUCCGCAGGGCCAUGGACUUCCGCGGCCUGCUGCACGCUCUCCCCUACAAGACCCCGUUCCAGCCCCACCUGACGUGGUUCGUCCUGGUGCUGCUGGUCCUCCUCACCCUGACCAACGGCUUUCAGCUCUUCUUCCCCGGCCAGUUCCACGUGGAGGACUUCCUCGCCGCGUACAUCACCUUGCCCAUCGUCCUGGUGCUGUACUUUGGUCAUAAGCUCUGGUACCGCACUCGGUUUGCUCGCAAGGUGGAGGACAUUGACGUGACCACGGGCGUCAGGGAAAUGGAGGAGCUCGCCGCACUGGAUCAGCCACCGGUGCCCAAGAAUUUUGUACAGAGGUUCUACCUGGGUUCAACUGCCGUGGUCAUGGUCAUUUCAGAAUCAUCCCAAACUCAGUCCGUCAGACCUCCUCCUCAUUUCCGACACACUCAUCUUCGUCUUCCCCAACCUACGACGGCCAUGGUCUGCUCCAAGUGUCAGAAACUGGGCAAAGGCGCCACGACCCUCGCCACCCCAGGCGUCAAGAAGAAGUCGGAGCUGUACUACGGGUCGCCCGCCUCGUCGUCAGCCUCAUCCGCCAACAAGACGGGCAGCAGCACGGGCGCGAAAUCGGCCACCCUGGGACAGACGGGCAUAGGAAAGAGCAAGCUUCUCUCCCAGGCGGCCCGGAACCCGUACGCGCAGUAUUCGAGCUCCUGCACCAAGUGCAAGACGCGCAUCAGCCAGGGUCACACGUUCUGCCAGACUUGCGCCUUCAAGGCUGACGCCUGCGCCGGGUGCGGCAAGGCGAACAAGAAGAAGAUCAAGGGGGCCGGACCCACUGUUGACGGCGCGAAGUACACGCUGAAGUGA